GCGACGGCCCUCUCAGGAAGAGGAAAAUGGCAUAAACAACUCGGAGGAACCAGAGCGCGAGAGAACGAGUGGAGGCAGAAUUUAAAAAUAAACCAGGCCCGCCGCCCUCCCCGGCCGCUCGCCGCCGCUCCCGCUUCCUUCCCCCGCGCUCUCCGAGUCCCCCCGCCUAGGGCCCGCCCCGGCGUCCCGCGCGGCCCCUUUAAGACAAGAGAACGAGAGAGAAGAGAGAGGGAGAGCGAGCGAGAGAGAGGGGGAGAGAGAGAGUGAGUGAGAGAAUCCCAACUCUCCCCCUCCCGUCCCCUCCUCCCUCCCCUCCCCCUCCCCCGGGCUCCCCGGGCGGCUCCGGCUCCCGCAGCGGGACAGACCCACCCGGCCCGGCGUCGCUCGGGCUCCGGCAGCCGCGGCUUCCUUCCCUCCCCUGUCUAUGGUGGCGGCGGCGUUGCCAUGAACAGUGGCGGCGGCCUCCCGCCCCCCUCGGCCGCCGCCGCCGCAUCCUCCCCGUCCUCCUCCUCUUCCUCCUCGCUGGCGGCGGUGGCGGCCGUGGCCCCGCCGCUCGGGCCCGGGGGCGUCCCCGGCGGGGUGGCGGCGGCAGCGGCAGCGGCAGCGGCGGCGGCCGUGAAGCUCAAGUACUGCCGCUACUAUGCCAAGGAUAAGACUUGCUUCUACGGGGAGGAGUGUCAGUUCCUGCAUGAGGACCCGACCGCCGCUGCCGCCGCCGCCGGGGCCGCCCCGGGCCUCGGCCUCCAUAGCAACAGCGUCCCUCUGGCUCUGGCGGGCGCACCCGUGGCCGGCUUUCCGUCCGGACCGGUGCCGGGGACUGGGGGUGCCGGGCCGCCCCCGGGGCCCAAGAAGCCGGAGCUGGGCGGCCCGGGCGCGGGAGCCGCCAGCGGCGCAGGAGGCAGCAGCGGAGGACUCGAGGGACCCCGGCUAGGCAUUCCUGGCAUGGAUGGGAAUACUUUAACUGAUACAAGUCUCACAGAUUCCUACUUCAGCACCAGCUUUAUGGGCGUCAAUGGGUUUGGAAGCCCUGUAGAAGCAAAAUAUCCUUUGAUGCAGAGAAUGACUAAUAGUAGCAGCUCCCCAAGCCUUCUAAGUGAUAGUGCCAAGCCAUAUACAGGUCACGAUCCUCUCACUUCACCUGCUUCAUCCUUGUUUAAUGAUUUUGGUGCCCUCAACAUCUCUCAGAGAAGAAAGCCAAGGAAGUAUCGCCUGGGGAUGCUGGAGGAGAGGCUAGUUCCGAUGGGAUCAAAGGCACGGAAAGCAAAGAACCCUAUUGGCUGCCUUGCCGACAGGUGUAAAUCAGGAGUACCCAUCAAUAUGGUUUGGUGGAACAGAGUCACAGAAAACAAUUUACAGACACCAAAUCCUACUGCAAGCGAGUUUAUUCCUAAAGGAGGAUCAACCUCCAGGCUGAGUAACGUGUCCCAGUCAAAUAUGUCUGCCUUCUCUCAAGUUUUCUCUCACCCAUCCAUGGGAAUCCCCGCUACUGCUGGAUUAGCACCAGGAAUGUCACUGUCUGCUGGAUCUUCUCCUCUUCAUUCCCCGAAGAUUACUCCACAUACUUCUCCUGCCCCCAGGAGAAGAAGUCACACUCCAAAUCCAGCCAGUUACUUGGUGCCUUCUAGUGCCUCUACACCUGUUAAUAAUCCUGUUUCUCAGAACCCAUCUUCUGGUCAGGUGAUCCAAAAGGAAACUGUUGGUGGGACAACUUACUUCUAUACAGACACAACUCCCGCACCAUUGUCUGGAAUGGUAUUUCCAAACUAUCAUAUUUAUCCUCCAACCGCACCUCAUGUUGCUUACAUGCAACCAAAAGCAAAUGCACCUUCCUUCUUCAUGGCUGAUGAACUUCGACAGGAGCUGAUCAACAGACAUUUAAUAACAAUGGCUCAAAUUGAUCAAGCAGAUAUGCCAGCGGUUCCUACAGAAGUUGACAGCUACCAUAGCCUGUUCCCGCUAGAACCACUGCCGCCCCCAAACCGAAUACAAAAAUCAAGUAAUUUUGGAUAUAUUACAUCUUGCUACAAAGCUGUAAACAGCAAAGAUGAUCUGCCAUAUUGCCUGCGAAGGAUACAUGGUUUUCGUCUUGUUAACACAAAGUGCAUGGUGUUGGUUGAUAUGUGGAAAAAAAUCCAGCACUCAAAUAUUGUAAGCUUGCGUGAAGUGUUUACCACUAAAGCAUUCGCCGAGCCUUCUCUUGUGUUUGCGUAUGAUUUCCAUGCUGGAGGAGAGACUAUGAUGAGCAGACACUUUAAUGACCCCAAUGCUGAUGCCUAUUUCACAAAGAGAAAAUGGGGUCAACAUGAUGGACCAUUGCCCAGACAGCAUGCCGGAUUGUUGCCAGAAUCUCUUAUUUGGGCUUACAUUGUCCAACUGAGUUCUGCAUUGCGUACCAUUCAUACGGCAGGACUGGCUUGUCGAGUUAUGGACCCAACAAAGAUUCUAAUAACAGGCAAGACGAGGUUACGAGUAAAUUGUGUUGGAGUUUUUGAUGUUUUAACAUUUGAUAAUAGUCAAAAUAAUAAUCCACUAGCAUUAAUGGCUCAGUACCAGCAAGCAGAUCUGAUAUCAUUAGGAAAAGUUGUAUUGGCUUUGGCUUGCAACUCUUUGGCAGGAAUUCAGCGGGAAAAUUUACAGAAAGCCAUGGAACUGGUGACAAUCAACUACUCCUCUGAUCUGAAGAAUUUGAUUUUGUAUUUGUUGACUGACCAAAACAGAAUGCGAAGCGUAAAUGACAUCAUGCCCAUGAUUGGUGCUCGAUUUUAUACUCAAUUGGAUGCUGCCCAAAUGAGAAAUGAUGUCAUAGAGGAAGAUCUUGCGAAGGAGGUUCAAAAUGGAAGACUGUUUAGGCUUCUAGCAAAAUUGGGAACAAUCAAUGAGAGGCCAGAGUUUCAGAAGGAUCCUACCUGGUCAGAGACUGGAGAUCGUUACCUGUUGAAACUCUUUAGGGAUCAUCUUUUUCAUCAGGUGACCGAAGCGGGUGCCCCCUGGAUUGACCUCAGUCACAUCAUUUCUUGUCUUAACAAGCUGGAUGCUGGUGUGCCAGAAAAAAUCAGCCUGAUUUCCAGGGAUGAGAAGAGUGUACUCGUGGUGACAUACAGUGACUUGAAGCGCUGCUUUGAAAACACUUUUCAAGAACUGAUUGCAGCUGCAAAUGCUCAGUUGUAGUAUUUGCUGAAAAGUGCGCAGGACACCGCUGAGAAAACUAACCAAUAGCAAAUUGCACUACAGCUGAACAGUUUUCAUCAUCUCAUUUCACAUUUGGGAAACAAACAGGAGAUGAGCAAAGCUGCUUGCACUUCAGUCAGGUACACUGUUACUUGAAAGGAAGAAUGUUCAUUUAUCCAAGAGCUCUGGCUGCCAUUGGAGGCUAUAUCUGUGAAGAAUUUAUUUUAAAUUAAGGAGCAACAUCAGGUGAAUGAUGUUCCUGCUUUUGCUUUUUCCACUUGUAUAUGCACUAAUUUUAAUUUUUUAAAGACAUUUUUCUGAUCUUUGAACUUUUGCCACAUUGUAUACUUAUUAAGGGAAGCUAUUGCAAGGACAUUUUUGGGAAACAAUGCUGGGCAGCAUUUUUGCCAUUAAGGGUUGCAGAAUUUGCUCUUUUCGGGAUAGGUUGCCCUGAAUAACAUAAUGGACCAGGUAAAUAAUUGCAUAGAAAUGCGAGAUAGUGCAUAAUUCUUCUAAGAGUAUUGUAUGCAAGCUCUAUGUGCCACCCACUGUUAGUUCAAAUUGAGAUAUUUUUUUUUUUAAGAAUACUCAAAGAGAAAUAUCAGUGAAUUGUUAGGUAUGAAUUCCCCUCGGUUGAUUUCCGUUUUUUUCUGAAUAAGGAUCGGGUAAGCAGUGUCUGAAGGGGUGUGUAUAGCUCUCCGCUGCAGAUGCAGCCAGAGCCUUUCUUAAAAAAAAGGUGUUUGCCUGCUUACACUUAUGCAAUUUUUUAAAUAGAAAAAAUAUUAAGAAAUUGUGUUUAAAUGCCUAAAGUUCAGGAGCAUAAUACUUUAGGUUAUUUCCAGUAUGCUUUUUUUUUCUUUUCUUUUCUUUUUUUUUUUUUUUUUUUUUUUUUUUUUUUGUAUAAAGUUCUAUUCUUUGAACCACAGCUUUAUUAUGGUACUUUACACUGGAUACAGACACAGAGACACUGUUGAGAAGAUGAGCUAACACAGCAGUGGUCUGGCAUCAAGAGCUUUCUGAUGUGUUACAGCCUGACUCUGGCGGGAUAACAAUCUGCUGUGCCUUUGCAGUCACUGCUUAGCCCAAAGUCAUAGGACUUUCGAUAAUAACUCACUCAGUGGGGUAUUCCUGAAUAAGUCCAUCUCAAAAGUUUGGAAUUUUCCUCCUCUUAACUUUCUUAAUAUUUGGACAUGCAACUGUCGCCAAACUUGGGUAUUCAUGGACUUUUGGUUAAUGAGAUAUCUAUACUUUGAUACUGAAGACUGCCAAAUACACAGGAAUUUUCUUUCUUUAAAAAAACAAAAAACAAAUAAAAAAAAAAAAACCAGAAACAAAACACAGUAAUGAAGACUAUAUCUCCUUUCCCAGCACUGAAUGUUUUACUAGCACUGGGUGC